AUGUUUCAACAACAACAACAACAACAACAAGGAUUCAAUCAACAAAACCAAUUCCAUUAUUGUAAUGCACCAAUUGACAACACAUCAUCAUUCUUUAAUCCAGAGGUACCACAAGAAAUUUGUCCAAAUGUAUGGUUAGGACCAUAUCAAUCAUUAAUAAAUGAAUCAUCGACAAAUAAUACAAGUUUUAUAACAAAUAGUAAUGUUAAAGUUAUAAUAAAUUGUGGAACAACAAUGAAAUUUUUAAAUCUUGUUGAAAAUUCAAAAAAUGUAUCAAUUUCAUCAGAUAUUUUGAUAUUAAGUUUAGAUCCAUCAUUUAAAAUUAAUGAAGAAGAACAACAACAGAAUGAAUUAAUUAAAAAUUUUAUUUCAAAAUUUAACAAGAUUUUACAAAAUUAUAUAAAUUCAUUUUAUUUAAAUUCUCCUAUAAAAAAUUUAAUUUAUAAAUUACCUCAACAUAAAAGUUUCCAAAUCAAAACACCCAUAUUAAAUGAUUUAAAUUUAAAAAUUCAAUUAUUUAAAAUUAUAAGAUUAAUUUCAAUAUUUAAAUUAAUUAAUCAAAAUUUACAAAUAUUGGUGGUGUCAGAAGAUGGUAAUUUAAAUUUAUCAACAGGAGUUUUAAUUAGUUAUAUAAUGGAUAAUUAUAAAUUUAAUUUUACAAAUAGUUUUAAAUUUUUAAAAUUAAAAAGACCAAGUAUAAAUGAUUUUAAUUUCAAUUAUUAUGAUGAUUUAUUAAUUAUUGAAAAUUUAAAAAAAUUUUAUUUUGAAAAUGUUGAAAUUAAAUUAAAUGAUUGUAAUUUAAUGGUUAAUAAGUGUAAAAGAUCUUUUGAUGAUGAUGAAGGGGAGGAAGUAGAGGAAGAAGAAAUGUAUGAUGAUUUAAUGAGAGAUGAAAUAUUAGUUGGUGGUGGUAUCAAUGGGGAAAUUAGGAACUUUAGAAGAAGAAGAUUAAACUAA